GAAAAAGCAUUGGUCAGCCGUUUAGUUCAGUUUAGCCGUAGUCAGUUGACGAAUCGCUCAUUCGAAAUGGUCAAAUUUAUAGAAAAUCUAAAGGAUAAAAUCACAGCGGAACGUGUGGCCAUAUUCUUUGGACUGCUGUCCACCUGUCUGAUCGUCGCUCUGGUCACUGUUGUGGUCCACAGGGAGAGUCUGUGGAUUGAGCUAACCGAUGCAAGAGAGAAACUUGAUGUUCUGGAGGAUUACAUACAGAACAAAGACCUUUCUAGCCUGAGAAAUAAGUUUCCAAAGCAUUUACGCAGUGAAUUUUAGUUCCUAAAGAACUUGACAAAAAUAUGACCAAUAAAUAAAAACGUCUCGGCAUGUAUAUACAUGUA